AUUUUCUACGACUAGUUGAAUACUAUUAAAAUACAACGGACACUGUUGGUAAUACUUAGAGCACCAACUGAGACAUGUAGUUCACUCAUACGUACUCGAAUUGCGAAUUUAACAAAAUGUCCUCUAAAAUGAGGGUAGGCCUAUGUGUUCGUCUAUGCCAACUUUUUGUAAUAUACUUGAGUGCCAGUCUAUUCUGUCAUCUGGUACACAUUAUGUUAGAGGACCACUCUCGCCUAAAUUGCUCAUGAAUAAAAGAAAAAUGACUACUGUUUUCUCUUGUCUGUAAAAAAACUAAACACGACAUCCUGUGGACCUGUUGAUAAGCCCAAAGCGUCACUUUGGCUUUCCCGUAAGUUGACUUGUGUAAUUUACAUAUAAGACUGAGAAAAAAAUUAUUUCCAAUUUGUUUAGUUUAUAUCGAUUUAUGUAAAGAAUUGGAUCACGACUAGCUCGGCUUAAAGGAGAACUAGAAAACAGUUAACAAUGGCGAAAGUCAGCGACAGGAAGUGGAAGUCACAUCAGUUAUUCAUAGCCUCAGUUACGUGGUGUCUGUGGCGCUUCAUGUGGUACUAGAGCCAGUGUCUUUUUUUUCUUAGGCCUAGUCACUGAUUUUUAUUUCCCCGUCGAAUUUGCAUACGCAUACUUAGAAAGAGAAGGAGGUUGGGUCAAUCAGAGGUUGGGGAAAACAUUCAUCAACGCCAGGAACACCAUCUGAGACACGAUGCCAUUUUCCCGAAGUCGUACGAACAAGAUGUUGGAUGACCGUCCAACACCCGAGCAGAAACUUCAGCGCCUGAAGACGGCCAUCCAAGCCAUCAUUGCUGAUGAUGUUUGCACGGUUGUCUCUUGUAUACCCGGCAACAUCGAAGUCGGAGCAACGCACGACCUCGUCCUCGGGGCAGAACUGGGUAAACCUCGACGCGUCAAGGCAACCCUCUUGCACCUAGCCCUUCACCAAAGGGCGGCGCAGUGUGCCAAGCUGCUGCUGCAUCUGGGAGCUCCCACAGAAGCUCCCGAGAGCGACCUGGGCGACCGCGCGCUUCACGCCGCCGUCAGGAUGGGCAGUUACGACUUGGUGAACCUCCUCCUCGAGUAUGGAUCGUCAGCUCAGUCGACCAAUGCCGCUGGGGAGACGCCCCUUCACUUGGCUGCCGGAAAGGGACUUGUCCACAUUACCAAGGUCCUGCUGGAUGCCGGGGCAGACCCUCUUGCCAAUAACAGAUAUCACGAAACAUGCUGGGACGUAGCUACGCUCUCGGGAACUCCCUCGGCGACUGCCUGCGCUGAUCUGAUCCUUACGCAUCACUAUCAGGAAAGGGAGAGGGAAGGGGACGUAUUCCUAGAAUAAUUUGAAAUCACCUAACCUCCAUAAUGAAAAAUAAGGAUGUGAUGAAGAAAUGUACCGAGAAGUAUUUAAUUGGCAUCGUGAAGUGACGCUAUCAAACGCUGUUGUUUAUACGAGGAAUUUGAAUACGUGAACGGUUUUCUCAUCACAGAUAAUAUAUAUGAGAAUGACAAUAAGGAAUUUUAGUC